AUGCUCCGUCAGGUAAUCCAGGGAGCUGGGCGAUUGCAAUACCAGGCCGGCUCCUUCAAGUUCUCUAUCGCAAAGACACCGAUUUUAUUUUGCUCGUUCUCCACCACCGCAUCGCAAGCCAUCCGAUAUGGCGGACCAAACGACAAGAUCCGUAUCUUCGAACAACCUUCGAGGACGAGUAGCAAAAGAGUCGAGAUAGACCCAGAUGCUGAAGCUACUGAUGAGCGAAAAGAGCUGGAAAUCCAGCUGGCGAAGCUGGACAAGGAACUUGUCGAACUCAGUAAAGGCCCCUUCGAUCCAGAUGGCCCUUUUAUACAGAGCUUACCGGAGAAGGAGCGAAUCGCUGCUCUUGAGGUCAUACGAAAAUUUGAGGCUGAACAUGGCCCCAUGAGCGAUGAGACCAGCCUUGAGCAAAUAUUCGACAAGGAUCUGGAUGAUAUGAUCAAGAAAGAAUUCGAACAGAUGGCCAAGGAAGAAGAGGAUAUAUAUGACAUGUCAAAGCCAGCAGAAUCCGACUCGGCCGGACGAGGUGGCGAUCUAUCAUCUAUGCAUCCUUACGAAUUACGAUUUCGUAAACAACUUGAACUACAUGUGGACAGUUCGGAGAAGGCGAAUGCUCAGGAGCUUUGGAGAUGGUAUCAACGAUGUAAAGAUGCGAUUCCAUCUUUUCUACCCACUUUGGAGCAGGAAAUAUAUCAGCUAUUGUGGAAUAUACAGCUUCAGGGCCAGGUAUCGCCUACCACUCGUAUGACUCAUAUACGAACACUCGUUGAAGACCUCAAUACAGCUGGAAAAGCACUUUUGCCUAAUCAAGUCCUUGAAUAUAUAAAUGUGCUACAUGAAGGGGGUGAUACCGAAAACGCUUUACAACUUUGGGAAGAAUCGCAGGCGAUUGUCAGCCAAGGAGAGGGGGAUAUCAACGCGUAUUGGAGCACUGGAGUUCGGCUAUUUGCGGCACAUGGCGAUCCGCAGAGAGCCCAAGAUAUUGCUUUUGCUUUUCUCGCAAGUGGUGGGAGUCGAAAUGCCCGCAUACUUAUCCCAAUAGCUACGGCAUGGACAAAGCAGACUAGUUCCCAGGCUGCUACGAAAGCCUGGGCAAUUUACCUUCAGCUCAAGACCCUACUGGGUACCGAUAUGAAAAUGGAAGAUUACGAUGCACUUAGUACCGCCUUUUUGAACGAUGGCAAAGUUAACCUUGCUUUAGCUGUUUUCAAGGACAUGAUGAUAACAGGAAAGGAUCCUGCGAAUGAUUCCACGGCAAUCUUCCAAAGAGCUAUUGGUCUCAAGGGUCCCUUACGACGCUCGAACAUCAAGGAAGAGGUUGUCAACAAAAUAUCGCUUUCUGCUCUGACUUUUCUACCUCGUCGCUUGCAGAGUAAAUUCUUCUACGCUAGUUGGAUGAAGAAACUUAUUGGCAUGGGCGAUGUUGAUUCAGCCGCAGCUGUUGUCGAACUUAUGUUUGAGAGAGGCGUGAAACCGGAUGCCAUUCAUCUAAAUGGCAUAAUCGGAGGCUGGCUUCGAAAUGGAAGCGCUACAUCGAGAGACAAGGCUGAACAGCUCGGCUGGUCCAUGAUUCAACACCGGAUCGAUACUGUUUGGAGUAGGAUACAACACUCGGAAGAGUCUACAAAGCCUUCUGUGCCCGAACUUCCAGGUGAUCGUCGUGUACCGUCAUUCUUGAAGCGGACGCUUCCUCCUGCAAACAUCGAGACAUUUUCCAUCCUACUUCUCCAUUAUACACGUCGCGGAGAUGAUGACAUGGUCAAAUAUUUAAACAAAUGUCUCGGCGAUGCUCAAAUUCGGCCCAAUUCUUAUUACAUGAACCAUCUCCUAUAUGCCGAACUUCGAAAGCAGCACAUUCACAGUCUUUGGGAGAAAUUUCAACUUCUGACUAGACAAGUGGCCCCUGAUCUAGAGACGUUUGCAUGCCUAUGGGACUGCGGUAAACUUCAAUACGAUCGAUUCAGGACAGCGUACGAUACACAAUUCCCUACUGUGCGUCAACUAUUUACCCUGAUGAUGCGAUGGUAUUCAACUCUCGAUGCACGAAAACAAAAGAUCACACAAGAAGAGUUCUCAAAAGAACUCUACGACCAGAUUACGCUUUGUUUCUGUCUUUCAAAGGAUUUGUGUGGCACUCUGGUUGCGCUCUAUGUGAUGAGGGAUUUAUUUAACUUAUACCCAGACGAAAAUACAGCUCGUAUGCUGGUUCUACAAAUUGCCCGAAUAGCUAAUAACAUUAAUAUUGACGACAAGAACCAUCCGCCUGGUACAUCAAGGAGAUCUCGAGUUCGAGCACGACGGCGUCUUUCUACCACACCACAAUCAAAAGAAAACAUUGAACAAAUUCGAGACAUCCUUGCCACUCUACAAACUCGAAAGGCAUCAGUGCUCCAAGCCCGGGGUAUCGAUGUCCAAAGUCUUAGCGACCAAGAGCGAAAGCAGUACCAGUUAGAGAUUCUAAGCGAACUGCUUAUCUCGGUGAUUGAGCGCACUGUCGUCCCCGCUGGUUCGGACCGGGACGUGAGAGCUCGGAUUGUGGCUGCGAUGGAGGAGAUGGGUGUUCAUCAUUUGGCGAUACGAUUUCAUCAUGAGUCGUUGCAGUAA